ACACCACUGGGCUCCAAUGCCAGACUCAGGCCCCUGUCACUGGCAUUAGCGGACGAGCUCAGAGCAGACCACAGACAGGAUGAGCGCGGGGCAGGAGCAGACGGACAUCCUGUCUACGGGCAUUCUGGUGAAGGAACGAUGGAAAGUAGUGAAAAAAAUCGGCGGUGGUGGCUUUGGCGAGAUCUAUGAGGCUCUGGACCUGAUGAACCGCACCAACGUGGCUCUGAAAGCAGAAUCAGCUCAACAACCCAAACAGGUUCUGAAGAUGGAGGUGGCAGUGUUAAAGAAACUUCAAGGAAAAGAUCACGUUUGUCGGUUUGUUGGAUGUGGCCGCAAUGAUCGCUUUAACUAUGUUGUCAUGGAACUUCAGGGCCGUAAUUUAGCGGAUCUGAGGAGGAGCAUGAACCGUGGUACUUUCACAGUCAGCACUACACUCAGACUGUGUCUGCAGAUACUGGAGGCAAUCGAGAGCAUCCACUCAGUGGGCUUUUUACACCGUGACAUUAAACCGUCCAACUUUGCCAUGGGCCGAUUCCCUAGCACAUGUCGAACAUGCUACAUGUUAGACUUUGGUUUGGCACGCCAGUUUACAAACUCCUGUCAAGAAGUCAGACCGCCGCGUCCUGUUGCAGGGUUUAGAGGUACAGUACGAUACGCCUCAGUCAAUGCCCACAAGAACAAGGAGAUGGGAAGACAUGAUGACUUGUGGUCUUUGUUCUACAUGCUGGUGGAAUUCUUGGUCGGGCAACUACCCUGGAGGAAGAUAAAAGACAAGGAGCAAGUGGGGAAAUUAAAAGAGACGUACGAUCAUCGGCUCAUGUUGAAACACCUGCCCCCAGACUUCAAUGUCUUUCUGGACCACAUCAGUAAUCUGGACUACUUUACCAAACCUGACUAUCAGCUACUGAGAACCGUUUUUGAGAAUAGCAUGAGAACCUACAACGUAGUGGAAAAUGACCCGUAUGAUUGGGAAAGGAUGAGCUCAGAUAGCCCACAGACAAUCACCACUGCGGCAAACACGCCACAGCAUCACACACGCCUCACACCAGCUCAGAUGGGCAUUUUGAAUGCCUCCAUGGUGCCUGGAGAUAUGAAGGAGAACACAGAUGAAGUUCUGCAAGAUGAGCAGCUCAGUGAUGGGGACAAUGCUCGGCCCGAGCAUCUGCCUGGAUCUUCGCACCUUCCUCUCAGGAACCAGGAGACUGAUGUCUGGGAGGACCUGGAUCGCAACCGGAACAGAAUUUGUCCUGCUGUCUGGAAGAUGGCAACAGAGGAUGAACAUAGCAACCAAGGCAAUCAGAGUCCCCGUGCAGGGCUUAGCAUUGGUUCACCAGUGCGAGUCCGGUCAGAGGUGGUGCCCUCAGAUAGAGACACUCCUCUUCUGAGGAAACUGCGCAACAUCCAUAGCUUUGAGCUGGAGAAGAGGCUAACUUUGGAGCCUAAACCCAACACUGAGCGUUUUGUGGAGGCUUGUUCUGGUAAGCAGCCACCUGGUACAGCACAGGAAAGGGAAGCUGAUGGUGUCCCUGGCAUGGCCAUGUCCAACGGAAGUCACACAGAUCGUGUUUGGCACUAUGACGAGGAAUUCCGCUCUGGCGGUGGCACGCCCAAGCCUGCUUCACCAGGAUCUCCUGAGCAGGGCAACGGUGCAGCCAACAGUGGCUUUGUUGCUCUAAACCUGAGCUCAGGUCUACAAGAUGUUGAGUUGCAUGAUUGGGUGAUGGUAGAGAAGGGCUCUGACCUGCAGGACUUCAAAGAGGCAGCAGGAAGUAGCCCUGGUCAUGAGGCCAAACUGACUAGUAGCCCGUCAGAUGAGUGUGAAGAGGAUCCAGAGGUUUUGCAGCCAAUGGAUGAAUCACCGGAUAAAGAAUCCACUCCUAGUCCCAUACAAGGAGAAACUCACAUGCCUCACACAGUCCAGGGCCCACAAAGGAUGGACCGGUUGGAGCUCUGUGUAUUCCCUACUGCUGGUGGACCUCCUGUUACCCCCACCAGCCCUGGUGAGGCACUGGCGGAAGGAGCCCUCACACAGCUGCCCACCUCUCCUGCAUCCCAACCUGAGGAACUUGUGGCAAGGACGUGCAGCCCCCUGCACCUGCGCUCCCCUAGCCCGCACACCCUCCUGACCACCCUAUCGGACCCCCUACACCAGCGCGCCCUGCCCGGGAUGCGCCGCAGCCAAUCUGCAGACCACCAACAGCACCCUUCCUCUUCCACCUCCUCGUGCCACGCCUCGCUGCCACUACCUUCCCAACCCUGUGCCGCCCAUUCGCCUGGACGCAGGAAACUUCCUGCCAUUCCAGCUACUGCUGCAAACACCAAGUUCCCCUCAGUCAUACGAAUCACCCGCGCUCAGCUUCAGCAGCUGACGGCUCAGCGACCUUCUGUGCUGUCCUCCCAAUCUGCAUCUGACAGUGUUCCACUGGAGAGACGUGAUACUGAUAAUGGUAACAAUGAGAUCCAUCCUCAAGACAACACAGCUGACAUCAACUCCCCACAGGAGCAGGCUGCUUUCCAGCCCACCAGCCCCUCUAAUGUUGAGGGGGAUCCUUUGCUAAAUGGGAACAGCCCUCAGAAACCUUCAAGCCCAGUGCCAAGCCUGGUGCCGUCUCCACGCACACCUCCGUCUCUGCAUAGCCCAGUUAUGAUGAACAGCUGUCUUACACCACCUUUAGACACACAGAGAGACAACAACGAGCAGCUUCCACUCCACUCCAUAGAGCCCAACCAGUGCUCUCUGGAGGAGGGAAAGGAAGGUGGUCCUACAAGAAAUGGCUCCUCUUCUCCAGCCUCCAUUCCUAAACAAGACCCCAGUCAUCGGCACAGCCGUAUCCCAGUAUUAGAACCAUCUAGCCUUCUGGACCCACCACCUGGAUCUGCUAAAGAGAAGUUGUUCCAGAGGAGGGUUCACCACAUUCCAGUUUCCCCCUCUGCUUCCCCGACGUUAUCCUCCGACAGGCGUGUCAUCAUGGCUGCCAUGCAGCGGGACCAGAUUUCUUCUGCCUCUUCUGAACGCUCUCAAGAUGACGAGUCACUUCUGGGUUCUCGUUCCGAUCGUCAUGGAGAUGAUGCUCCAUCACUGUCCUCUUCCUCCAGUCCACUUUUACGGAAGAGCAAGAUACCACGGCCAGUUACCCCUACUACAGCUAGUGCGGAAACCAUCACUGCACACUUAGUGCCCCGUCCACCACCAGGAAAACCUCCUAGCCGCUCCACUGUGGAUGCAAGGCUACGGCGGUACAGGAUUUCUACCGGAAGCACCAGUGACUCAGACCUGCUGACCUGUUUGGCCCAGCUAAUGGCCAGCUCACCUCGUGGAUCUCCGCACCACAGCUGCUCAUCCCCCCAACAUGUGGGCACGAGGCAUGUGUUCGUCAGUCCCAUUGCUGCUCACCACCUCCACCAGCGCAGCUCUAGCGCCUCUCCCCGCAGUUCCUCCUCACUGCAACGCUCCGUCAGCUCUUCCCCAUCCCGCCACGAGCAUCGCGGGGGCUGUCUUGCCCGCAGCCGCUCUCCACCCAGUUUCUCUGGCUCCCCUCCUCUGCGCCGCUCUUAUCCUCACACACAGGAAGGAUGCUGCGGGAGACAGGCCCGCGCCGCCACCAUGCACACCCAACGGGGCAAAUCGGCCAUCCGCGAGCUCAGGUGCUUGAGCAAGCUGAGCAGAUAGUCAACUACAAGUUUUAGACACUAGCAGAAGAAGUGAAUGAGUGAAAGUGGGAUAUUUGAGUUUCAAGUGUCCCAAUUUCUAUAUAGCUAAAAAAAAAUUAGAUUCACGUUCCGUCACACAUCGGCAGUUUUUGCAACUCCUUUGUUUUCUCUCCAUCAGUAGCCUCAAUUUCAAGAUGCUGCUUUGAACACUAAAGUCAGUUUCAGAACAUGGGAGGUUAUAUAGUACAUGAUGGUGAUUGGCUGGAUCUUUUGUAUUUUAUAGUUUCUUUUCUUUUAAACAUUCCAGAGCUUUAAUGAAGAAGAUUGUAUGUAUUCAUGAACUACAUAAGAUUUGCUUCAAGCUCGGCUGUACUAUAGUAUAUAUUAUGUUAUUUAUUUGGGCUUCGCUGCAUUGCAGCCCUCUCCGAGCAGUGGCAGGUACACUGAUAGAUCAUGCCAUCCUUAACCCUUUCUGUGCUCUCUGCUGUGGCAGCUGUCAGCCGCUGUAGGUGGCCUGAAAUGUACUCUACGCAAGUAACAAAAUGAAAAUUCAGUCAUUACUGUUCCUGAACGGUCAGGGUUUUACUUUCAGGUUAACUACCGUCAUGAUGGAGUAACGGUUACAAGAGAACCUUCCUGAGUUGGCUUACAAAUUCUGUCAUUAUUUACUCACCCUCAUGUUGUUGCCGAAACUGUAUUCCUUUCUGGUUGCCGUGAUUUCGCCAAGCAAGACAUGUUCCUGGAUCAACAUCCGUUGUUGAUCAUGGAAUAACAUUCCUGUCCAAAAACAAAGUCUUAACCCUAUCCCUACCCCUGAACCUAACCCUACCCAUAAUUUAUCCCUAAAAUCAGAGGGAAAUGAUAGGUGAAUAAGAAUGGUGUAGAAGCCUCUAACCUCUGUUGUAAGCCUAAACUUGACAUAAACUAAAAAACUAUCCCUCAAAUCUGAUUGUUGUUCCAGGAUCAACAAGGAUGUUGAUCCAGAAACAUGUUAUACUUGGUGAAAUCAUGUUAACCAUUUCGGUCUUAUGUGGAACAUAGAAGAAAAUAAUAUCUGUUUUUUUUGUUGUUGUUUUUUUGAUACAAUGGAAGUCAUUGGUAACCAAAAAUGUUUGGUUACCAACAUUCUUCAGAAGAUCUUCUUUUGUGUUCCACAGAAGAAAUUAAGUCAUACUUAGUAUGUACAAUGGGACCAUGUGCUUAAAAUGGGCCGGCCAAGCAUUUGCGUUUGUGUACUUGCGUAGACCAUUUCUGACCUGUCCCUUUGCAAGAGGAACACCAGAGGAGCUUUUUUCCGCUGGUUAUUUGCAGGCCCGAACAGAAUCUGUGCCUGCUAUACUUAACAUAAAACUCUACAGACGUCCUUAAAACUAGAUAGCAUUUUUGAAUAUCAAAUAUUUCGUUAAUUUGAUUUCUGCUGUCAGCUACCAAUGAGAUUUGAAUUCUUUCAGAUCCAUCAAACAUUUACUAUUGUUAACCCAUUUUACAGAUUCUAAGCAAAAGUCUGCAGAUUCUCUUUGGGUGUCUUGGUUUGCAUAUCAAAAAAUGACUACUCUCCUUGCUUACAAUAUCAACAAUCAGUCAAAAACUAAAUGUUAAAGGAGAAGGUUUUAAAAUUGCAAUACUUUUACAUUUUCUUAAUUUAAGGUAAGAGUACUAAUACUGAUACAGUAGCCAAUAUCACUGACUAAACAUAGUUUUAUUGUAUGUGCCACAUGAUAUUCAGUUGAAAAAAAUUGAAUGAAGAUUACUUUUACAUUACAAAACCUCAGCAUUUUUUAGCUGCAAUUUGCCAUUUGUCACUCCUAUUGAAGUUUUAUGUGUUUCAUAAUUCCUUAAUAAUAAUAAUAAUACCUAUUUUUAAAAAGCAUGCAGCUAAUUCCCUUCAAAGACUGGAGCAUUAACAUACACAGCCGUCUUCCUUUUCCGCUUGUAAUAUAGCUUCCACUUCCCAUAGAAGGCCAACACUUUGCAUGAGCUAGAGAGAAAUAACAAAAUGCCGCAAUGUACAAUAAACACAGCUUACAAGUUUUCAUAUACCUGGAGUUUGUAGCCUGAUAAGUACUGUCAGCUUGUAAAUAGGGACUUCAUAUUUGUUUUCCUAUCCGUCCUCUGGUUUGUGUUUUAGGUCAUUACCCUCGUUUUAACUUUAUAUCAGCAUUUGCAGAACGAAUGUUUGUGUACCUACUCAAUCCUUGGCUGCAUUUGUGUAUGCCGGUGUAAUCUGGUAGGUGAUUUACCAGAGCAUGUGGGACAUCAGCAAAUGGCAUCGUAAAAAUAUUAAUAUUUUCUCAUGGCAGAUGAAAUUUAGGGAUUAAAAAAAGCAUUAGUAGCAUGAUUUUCCCCCCAAUAUAGCAUCACUUUAGUUGUACACUAUUGACAGUUGCAAUCACAACCUUUUAUAUUAAAAUAAGAUCUCCACUCUGCCCUAAGACACUGUCUGGUCAAGUCACCUUAAAACUGCUGUUUUCUACCAUCACUGCAAUAAAUCCUUUGGCCGAAGUAGAUUACAGGCAAAUUUCAACCUGUCAAAGUUUUAUGUUCAUCAGAUCACUGUUAAAUAACAAAGAAAACAGCACAGAAUUUUCCUGGACACCCUGAAAUGCUGUUUUUCAUUUCGUUGACAAACCCCUUCACCUUCUGUAAAAUAACAUCAAUCUAUUUAGCGUUUAGUGAAAUGCUAGUCUAGUAUACUGUAAUCUAGUAUACUGGUUUUAUCUCUUCUAAACCAGACCAUUCAAAAACAGAUUUACACAUCAUUGAGUUUCUUUUCUUAACUUGUUUGUCCCAUGUGUUUGUCUAUAUUUUGAACAGUUAAACUGCACAUUAUUGUUAUAGCAAUGGACUGAAAGUUUAUCUGUGUAGUACGAUGAUUUUUCAUCUUGAAGGAUCUGAAGGGAAUGAACAAAACUAGAAAGUUGCAAAUGUUGCAAAGCCUGGAUUUCUCUAUUACUGUUCUAUUAUUAAUUGUCUCAAAAUGACAUAAUGAUGUAACAGUCUGAGAAAAGAAAACGAUACAUGAUGAUUAGUUUUGCAUCUGUAUCAUUUUUAUUUAUCUUUUUUUUUUUUUUUUACUGCAUAUUGUUGUUCACAAUUUAUGAAGUUAAAUGUACAGUGUACAAAAGAAUGUUAUGGGGUGGGACAUUGUACAUUAUUGUAAUUAUUUGUGUUAAUUUUUAUUUGUAUCAUAAAUGCCUUGUACAGUGUUUUUUUUCUGUUUUGUUUAUUUGUUGUUGUUUUUUCAGUUGGAAUUAUUUUGUAUUUUAUUUUUAUAAACUUGCUAUGAAUAAAAUUUUCAUUCAGCAUGCCAA